ACGUCAUUACGCACUUCCUGUUCUCUACGACGUCCCUCUCUCGUACUCGUCGUAGCGCAGUGAAGUGGAUGUUUUGGUAAAAAUUACUGCAUUGGAAGGGAUGUAAACACGCUUUAAAGAUGACACGUCGAUCGCGUGGGACUUAAUAUGGUGUAGCAUUGGAAAACCGAUCGUCUUCAUUCCAGAUUUUGGCUUAUCUUUAUAUCGUAUUCCUCCGCAUGUCCGCUUUCUUCGUAGAUGGUUUCCAGCGAGCGUUGUCUGGCGGCGGACGACGACUUCUCGACGAAUAACAUGAAGGAGAUGAUAGGCGGGUGCUGUGUAUGCUCAGAUGAGAGAGGCUGGGCGGAAAACCCUUUAGUUUAUUGCGACGGCCAUGGCUGCAACGUCGCCGUGCACCAAGCGUGUUAUGGCAUCGUGCAGGUGCCCACUGGGCCAUGGUUCUGCAGAAAGUGUGAGUCUCAGGAGAGAGCAGCUCGUGUGAGAUGUGAGCUGUGUCCGCACAAGGAUGGAGCUCUGAAGAGGACAGACAACGGAGGCUGGGCCCACGUGGUGUGCGCUCUCUACAUACCUGAGGUGGAGUUUGCAAAUGUCUCCACCAUGGAGCCCAUUGUGCUCCAGUCAGUGCCACAUGACCGCUACAAUAAGACUUGUUACAUUUGUGAGGACCAGGGCAGAGAGAGCAAAGCCGCUACCGGAGCCUGUAUGACCUGCAACAAACAUGGCUGCCGGCAGGCCUUCCACGUCACAUGUGCCCAGUUUGCAGGCUUAUUGUGUGAAGAGCAGGGAUCAGAUGCAGACAAUGUCAAGUAUUGUGGAUAUUGCAAAUACCACCACAGCAAAUUGCGAAGGAGCAGGGGCCGUGGUAGUAGGUCUCAAAGCUUAAGUGACUCUUCCUCUCAGUGUUUGGAUAGACCCUCAGACAAGGACAACAAGAAACACAAGGAACGGGACCGACACAAACCCAAACACAAGAAGAGCUCCAUGGACAUGUCUCCCUCCCUGGUUCUUCCAAACAUCAUGGUCCCAGAGAAGAACUACAACAGCACCAGCGCAGGUGGAGGAGUGCCCUCUCUGCCCACAUCCUCUCAGAAGAGAUUAGAGGACAGUGCAGGACGCUUCACCAACGCCAACUUUCAGGAAGUCUCUUCUACCUUAUCCAGCAGUGGCUCCAAGGACAGUCUGUGCGCAGAUGGAGGCAAGGCCGCGGCCGAUCAGAAGAACAAGAAAAACAGCAGCAGUACUGGGACUCACGUGGCUGGACAGAGGGGUGGCCGCAAGUCUCUCACCUCCUCAGGGAAACCCCUCCCUUCUGCUGUGGUCACCAUGGCAACCUCUUCCACAUCUGUGUCGGCCUCCACAGGGCCUUUCCAUCAAGGCCUCUUGUUGACUAGUGCCAACAAGACUCAAUCUGCCUCGUCCGACUUCCUCAGUUUUACAGACUCCUCGUUACGUCCUGGAGCUGGCACUACAUUCUCAUCCCCUCCAUCAUUCAGCAGCUGCCUCGUCAAACCCAGUUCAGAGAGCACAGGUUCAGAUGGGACAACCACACUGUUUGGUUCUCUAAUGUCUGCAACCACCGCCUCUGCAGUGGGCGGGAAACUGUAUGAAAAUUCCCACAGUCACUCUGCGAGUGAGACGACAAGCCUCGGUGGGUCCACGGGCUUUAAACGCGCUCAGCCCUCUAACUCUGGCCCCACGGUAGGAGGGGCAGACGACGGAGUGAAGAAGAAAAAGAAAGGAAACUGGAGGAACCGCUUUGGGUCGUGCUUCAGCCCAGAUGUGAAGCCCCCAGAAGCAGCUCCCUCCCUGAGCCUGCCCACGUCUGCAGCCAACAGCUCCUCCUCUGUGUCCUCUGUGCUCUCGGGCCGGCCCGGCUUAACGUCCAGCGGAGGAUUAGGAGUGGGGGCUGGAGGGGAGAAGGGGCUGGGGGUCAUGGGUGUCGCUGGCAUUCAGAAGUCUCCGGCACUCCUCAGGAACAGCAGCGGCCCCACAACUGUGCCAGGUGUUUUCUCUGGUGCUGAGGGGUCGUCGUCGGGGGCAGCCGCUGUCGCCGGGGGUGGAGUCGGCUCAGAGUUGUCACAGCAACAACAGCCCACGCCUUCACUAGCCCCUCCCUCUCCAUUCAGCGCCACAGCCCCGCUCUGCAGCACGGCACCCACACACGUGAGUGGUCUUCCCGGGUCAGUGUUUAACCUGGCCCCCUCACACAUGUUCGGAAACAGACUCAACCCAAAUUCAGCCAUGGCCGCGCUCAUUGCCCAGUCUGAGGCCUCUCCUGCAGAUCAAGAGGUGGGAGACAACAGCAGCAGCGUCGGAGCUCAGGGCUUUUCCAUAAGAGCUUCUCCAAAGACCACCCCGCGCUCUCCCAUUGGUGGCCUGCAGAUCCGCUACGACUCUUCGGGGUCGUUGCCGGGGCCGGGCCUGGGGUUGCUAGGGGCGGGAGGAAGCGAGACGCUGCCCCCGGUGGCAACCAGCAUCGAGCAGCUCCUGGAGAGACAGUGGAACGAGGGUCAGAGCUUCCUGCUUCAGCAAGGAGCCCAGGGCGACGUGGUGGGCAUGUUGAAGUCCCUGCACCAGCUGCAAGAGGAGAACCGCAGACUGGAGGAGCAGAUCAAAACUCUGACCAUGAAGAAGGAGAGGCUGCAGCUCUUAAGCGCUCAGCUAUCAGUGCCUUUCACCCCAUCCUCAGCCUCCUCCGAUGUCAAAGUUGGUGCCGCUGACUCCUCUCUUGCUGCUGCUGCUCAGGACAGUGCGUCGUGUGGCGGGCACAGCAGUAGUGGUUCCACCUCCUCCCUGUCCACCCCUCCCUCAGUGUCCCAGAGCCCGCCUCAGCCUCAGAUCAAUGGGGUGGGGACUUUAGGGGCGGGAGUGUCCGGGCUCAUGGGUGCACUGGGGGCAGGGGCCGCUCUGGGCAUGGGGGGUAUUGUCGGAGCUCUGAAUGGAGUCAUACAGACUCCAGGUGGUACAGGAACAGCAGCGCUCACGGUCAACAACAGCGCUGCGCGGCUCCUCCUGCAGCAGCAUCAACAUCAGCUGCAGCAGCUGCUGUCCUCACAGCCUUCAGCGGAGCAGCAGCAGGUGUUGCUCUACCAACUGAUGCAGGCGCAGCAGCAGGAACUCCAGGGGCCCUCCGCUCAGAGCCAGGGCACCAUCACAGCCAACCCCUUCCUGGCCCUCCAGCACUCUGAUGUCCCAGGACAGAAGCCGCGCCUCACAGAGAAGGCCGUGGGUGUCGCUGGACAGGAGAAGACAUGACGCUCAAUGUGUCUUUGACUGUCUUUUAUAAAAUAAAUAUGCAGAGGUGCUUGGAGGAGCUGCCUGAUGCUUAAAUCCAAGUCCUAAGUCUGGUCUAAGCUUUCACAUCAAUAUAGUUUAUUUCAGUUUAGAAAAAAUUUAGAGAAAUAUAUACUAUUUAUUUUCUUUUAAAUUAGUUGUAGUGCUGCUUAAGUUUUGUAUUUUGUCAUUGUGUUGUUAAUAUUUGUCCAUUUUGUUAAACAGGUAAUUUUCCUAUGGACACUUUUUCAGUCAUAAUCUGUCCAUUACCUCCCAUUUAAUGUGUGUCAGUUUUAUAUUUCUGGUAUAUUGUUAUAUUUCUUCAUAUUUUCUGUUCUCCUAAUAUGACUUUGUCUGGUUACUCUGCUGCUUCACUUUCUCAGGGGCCUCAGCUAACCAGAGCUGUGCAGUUGGCAGCACACUUGCUAGCACACUAGCUAGCACACACUAGCACUAAAAUACUACAAAGGAAACUGUCAAGUAUUACAUGAAUAUAAAAAUGCAGCUCCUUAUGACAGGUCGUACAAGUAGCAGAGUCAUGUUUUACAUCUGUCUCGGCUGUCCCAAGGGGAACACUGAGGGAGAGGCUUGCAAAGAAAAAUCCACACAGCAGCCUUUCCCCUUGUCUCCUCGGCUAAGUAUGUAUGAUGUAUGUACUCAAGUGAUAAAGCCAAGUCUUGUACCAUCACCGAAGACGCCUUUUUCUGCUUUUGGGCAAAGAUACUGGGGGCUCACUCAGCACCAGAAUAGAAAUGUAAAAAACUAAAGAAAAGAAGACUCCUAUGAAAAAGUACUGCAGGAAUGAAGCUGAUGGUUUCAUCUUGUUGAAAUCGUUACAUUUGGUAGAGCUGAUUGAGCCCCUUGCUGUACCUACCUCUCCAACAGGACCAGCCUAUGAGGACCUUGGGCCAACACCAGCGCCCUGUUUAAAUGGACCCACAAGUGUCAGGACUGGCCAGUUAGGGUCCAAACCCAAGUGCCUAAAGGCGGAGGAGAAGUGAUCUACCCUGUUUGCCCUUUUCUAAAAUCCACUGGUAAUUAAGCUACAACACAAUUACACAAUUUACAAAACAGAGGAAUAUUCUGCUGCAUUUCUCAAAAUCCAAGCCAACUUUAUAUUGCGCUUUUUAUUUAUUUCAAAGUGUUUGUAAGAUGAUAUAUUUUAAAGUCCAACUGGUGUGAUUGAAAAUUUUCUACUACUGUGUAUAGUUUUGUUUUAAUUUCUUAUACAGUCAGAUCUUGCUGUAAAACCCCUUUAAUAAUCUGUUUUUAAAUGUUAGAAGACGCUACUUGAUCAUUGGCUGAGGGUGGCUGUACAUAGCUGUGUGUAGAUGGGAGAAAUAAUGUGUCCAGGGGCAGUGACACAGUUUUUACCUCGUUAUUUGUAAAUAAAUAAGUAAAUUUCUCAUUGGUGACUGGUGUAUAUAUAAAAUGGUUGUGACUGGCCAUUUCUGGUUUGAAGGAAAGCCAAUGAAGCCUCAGUCUGUGUGUGUGAAUCUUAGGACCAGACAAAAUGUUUUCACAGUGACUGGAUACAAAGUAUUAAUUUAUUUUUAUAUGUGCAGGGACAUUGUGUUUCUUUUUUAAGUUUUGCACCAUUUUCUUUGAGUCUUUUUAUACUUGUGGGCACCAUGCUUUCAUCUGUGCACACGUAUUGAUCAAGUUUUGUACAAUAAAAAAAACUAAUAUUGUAUUUGAACACCAAAAUAAAGAAACACUCUGGAAUUUUAA